AUGGCAACCAACUUCCAGACCGAGAAGGUCACUGAAGAGCCACCACCUGUUCUAAACCCCACCGCAGAUUUGGAAAAAGAAAGUCAACAGGUCCAAGGCAUAAGCAGCUCAGGUUCGAGUACAGACAGCAAAGAAGACCAGUCGGCACCUCGAAAAGUCCACGGCAUACUAUGGGGACUGGUGGUGGUCUCGAUUCUGUCCUCAACCUUUCUCUUCUCGUUGGACAAUACCAUCGUUGCAGUCAUUCAACCGGCCAUCAUUCAGCGAUUUAAUUCUCUUGAAAAACUCCCGUGGAUUGCAGUUGGCUUCGUCCUUGGCGGUGUGAGCAUGAACUUGGUCUACGGCAAACUGUACAGCCUCUUUGACGGCAAGAUCCUGUACAUGGUGUGUGUCUUCAUUUUUGAGGCUGGCUCCGCUUUGUGCGGAGCAGCCCCUACCAUGAACGCUCUCAUCGUCGGUCGGACUCUCUGUGGUGUUGGGGGCGCGGGCAUGUACAUCGGAGUCAUGUCAUUGCUGUCGGCGUUCACCACAGACCAGGAACGCCCGAUGUACAUCGGUAUGACCGGUCUCACCUGGGGUGCCGGAACUGCACUGGGUCCCAUUGUUGGCGGGGCUUUCACGGAGUCUUCCGCUGGAUGGCGAUGGUCUUUUUACAUCAAUCUCUUGGUCGGAGGUGUCUGCGCACCAGUCUACUUCUUCCUCCUCCCAGCCAGCAAGCCACGACCUAACGAAUCGACCGUGGCGCUGUGGAAGACCCUUGACUGGACAGGAGCCAUUUUGUCGAUUGGAGCGUUCCUCACUCUCAUCAUGGGCAUUAGCUUCGGCGAUGCGAUCUAUCCUUGGAACAGUGGACAAGUCAUCUCCUUGUUUGUCCUAUCCGGGGUCCUUUGGGUUCUUUUCGCCGUUCAACAGUCCUACUGCUUCUUCACAACUAAGGACCUGCGACUGUUCCCGGUACCAUUUGUCCUGAACAAGGACUUAGUCAUUUUAUUUGUGGAGAUCGCUUCAGCCUCCACUACCCUAUUUCUCCCGAUCUACUUUCUCCCGCUCUACUUCCAAUUUAUCCAUGGAGUUAAUGCUCUUGAUGCCGGUGUGAAGAUGUUGCCGUUCAUCUUCAUGUUGAUCCUUUUUUCCGUGUUGAACGGAGGCAUCAUGAGUAAGACUGGCAUUGUCUGGCCGUGGUACAUCUUUGGAUCCGCCUUGACCCUAGCUGGAAGCGCUCUUCUCUACACAAUCACUCCGAGUACCAGCAAUUCAGCCAUAUAUGGCUACAGUGUGCUGGUGGGCAUCGGAUGCGGCUCAUUCGUUCAAGCAUCCUUUGCAGUUGCUCAAGCUUUGGUUAAAAAGGAAGAGAAAGCCUUGGCCACUGGCUUUAUCACCUGUGGGCAACUGACGGGAUCUACCAUCGCCCUGACGAUUGCAAACACACUGUUCAUCGAGGGUGCCGUGGAGAACAUCGAGGCACUGAUCCCGACUGCCAGUCAUGAAACCGUUGUAGCUGCCAUCUCAGGCACCAAUCCCGCCUUCUUCGCCAACCUCACGGCUGAGAUGCGAAAUCAAGUCUACAGUGUCUUCGUUGACGCCAUCAAUCAAGCCUGGAUUCUCUGCAUGACUGCCGGUGCCCUCGGUCUUGUCCUUUCAUUCUUUCUCAAGAGAGAAAAGUUGUUCAUCGAGGCCGCUGCCGGAGGUGCUUAA